AUGCGUGCAUCACUAGCUGUUGGAAUCUUCGCUGCUUUGGUAGCUCUUUCGUGGUCAUACCCGGCUGCAACUGAUAAUGCUGAGACACUUUUGGCCGUAAAUCAAGCCCAGGGUCAUGAAAACGAAUCAGGACGUCAAGUUAGACAAUUUGGAUUCGGUCGAGGAUUCGGCGGAGGAUUUGGCGGUGGAUUUGGUCGCGGAUUUGGUGGUGGAUUUGGACGAGGAUUCGGUGGUGGAUUUGGCCGCGGAUUCGGUGGUGGAUACGGUGGUGGUUUGGGAUUGGGAGGCGGAUACGGUGGUGGACUCGGAGGUGGUCUCGGCUAUGGAGGCGGUUUUGGAGGCGGAUUCGGUGGUGGAUUUGGUGGUGGAUUCGGCGGUGGAUUCGGUGGUGGAUUUGGAGGUGGACGCGGUUUCUACGGCUAG